CAUCUUUCUCUGCCAGGAGCGCGCCGGGGCCGCGGGGUCGUUAUCCGCGUUCACCUUCUUCUCCAGCAGUUGCAUGCGCGCCGUAGUCUCGGUUAGCAUGUCCAUGAGCAGUUCUUGCUGCAGCUUCAGCCAGGAAGACCUCGUCAGGACCAGAAGAUAUCAGCACCAGAACCAUUCUCCUGGACCCUCCAAUUGUUAGCCAGCACUUUACUGGAAGAUCCUCCCUCAACACAACAUACAACUGGAAGCAGAAGUGUUUACUGAGGGAAGGGAAGAGCAAGCAGAAGUCAGGUGGCUCCAGAGGGAAGGACAGCCUCCAUUGCAGGUGCUAGGUAGGAAUGGCAUAAGAUAGAUCAUGGAAGGGAAAUGGUUACUGUGUUUGCUACUGGUCCUUGGAACUGCAGCUAUUGAGGCUCAUGAUGGACAGGAUGAUGACAUGAUUGAUAUUGAAGAUGAUCUUGAUGAUGUUAUUGAAGAGGUAGAAGAUUCAAAAUCUAAAUCAGAUACCAGCACUCCUCCAUCUCCAAAGGUCACCUACAAAGCUCCAGUUCCAACAGGAGAGGUUUAUUUUGCUGACUCCUUUGACAGAGGGUCUCUGUCAGGGUGGAUUUUAUCUAAAGCCAAAAAAGAUGACACUGAUGAUGAAAUUGCCAAAUAUGAUGGAAAGUGGGAGGUAGAUGAGAUGAAGGAGACAAAGCUUCCAGGUGAUAAAGGACUUGUACUGAUGUCUCGGGCCAAGCAUCAUGCCAUCUCUGCUAAACUGAACAAGCCUUUCCUGUUUGAUACAAAGCCUCUCAUUGUUCAGUAUGAGGUGAAUUUUCAGAAUGGAAUAGAAUGCGGUGGUGCCUAUGUGAAGCUGCUUUCCAAGACCUCAGAACUCAACUUGGAUCAAUUCCACGACAAGACUCCCUAUACUAUUAUGUUUGGUCCAGAUAAAUGUGGAGAGGACUACAAACUGCAUUUCAUCUUUCGACACAAAAAUCCCAAGACAGGUGUAUAUGAAGAAAAACAUGCUAAGAGGCCAGAUGCAGAUUUGAAGACCUAUUUCACUGACAAGAAAACACAUCUUUACACAUUAAUCUUGAAUCCAGACAAUAGUUUUGAAAUAUUAGUUGACCAGUCUGUUGUGAAUAGUGGAAAUCUGCUAAAUGACAUGACUCCUCCUGUAAACCCUUCACGUGAAAUUGAGGACCCAGAAGACCGGAAGCCUGAAGAUUGGGAUGAAAGGCCCAAAAUAGCAGAUCCAGAUGCUGUUAAGCCAGAUGAUUGGGAUGAAGAUGCCCCUUCUAAGAUUCCAGAUGAAGAGGCCACAAAGCCUGAAGGCUGGUUAGAUGAUGAACCCGAGUAUAUUCCAGAUCCUGAUGCGGAGAAGCCAGAGGAUUGGGAUGAGGAUAUGGAUGGAGAAUGGGAGGCUCCUCAGAUUGCCAAUCCUAAGUGUGAGUCAGCCCCUGGGUGUGGUGUCUGGCAGCGACCUAUGAUUGACAACCCCAAUUAUAAGGGCAAAUGGAAGCCUCCCAUGAUUGAUAAUCCUAACUACCAGGGAAUCUGGAAACCAAGGAAAAUACCAAAUCCAGAUUUCUUUGAAGACCUGGAACCUUUUAAGAUGACUCCUUUCAGUGCUAUUGGUUUGGAGCUCUGGUCCAUGUCAUCCGACAUCUUUUUUGACAACUUUAUCAUUAGUGGUGACCGAAGAGUAGUUGAUGAUUGGGCCAAUGAUGGGUGGGGCCUGAAGAAAGCUGCUGAUGGGGCUGCUGAGCCAGGUGUAGUGGGGCAGAUGCUGGAGGCAGCAGAAGAACGUCCAUGGCUUUGGGUGGUCUACAUUCUGACUGUAGCUUUGCCAGUGUUCCUUGUGAUCCUCUUCUGCUGUUCUGGAAAGAAACAGUCCAAUGCUAUGGAGUACAAGAAGACGGAUGCCCCCCAGCCAGAUGUGAAGGACGAAGAAGGGAAGGAAGAAGAGAAGAACAAGGGGGAUGAAGAGGAAGAAGAAGAGAAGCUUGAAGAGAAACAAAAGAGUGAUGCUGAAGAAGAUGGUGGCACUGGCAGUCAAGAUGAGGAAGAUAGCAAGCCUAAAGCAGAGGAGGAUGAAAUUUUGAACAGAUCACCAAGAAACAGAAAGCCACGAAGAGAGUGAAACAACCUUAAGAACUUGAUCUGUGAUUUCCUCUCCCUCCCCUUCCCCCUGCAAAUGUGGUCCUAGGAGAGAGGGCCUGGUGUACCUUAGGUGGGAGCUCAGAAAACCUCAAGAUGUCACCAUCGACAGGUUCCAGUGAAUACUAGCCUGUAAUUUUAAACAUCUAGCAGUAAAUAAUUGCAGUUGUAAUGUAAAGGACCCUGUUUCUGUAGAAAAGAAAACAUUUAACAUAAUGGUUGUGAAAUGUAACAUGAA